AUGACGCCAUCACGUAUGGUAACAUCCCCGCCUACUGAGAAAUGACGUCACCACCAGAUUGGCGGUUGACGUCACGGGGCGAGAGGUCGCAGCUGGUGGCGCGAGGAGCAGGCGAGGGGCAGGAGGCGCUAGAGGUCCCUCAAGCAUAGCGAGGGCGGCCCCAUUCCAGGGUGGAACCGUGCAGUGAUGGUGAGGACCAAGAAGAAGAUCACAGAGCGCAGCACGGAGCGUGAAGUCCGUGAAGCUCGAGCGAGCCAAUGAGACUCCAGAGGAGGAGCUGGAGGAGGCUGCCCAAGAUUCCCCCGAGUACCUGGACGACGCGGAGCAAGGCUACAUCAAGAUGGAGUUCUCGGACGAGGACGUAGACCAAGACGAGGCGGCGGCGGCGGCGGGGCCGCUGUGCGAGCGCUGCAAGAAGGACGGCGUGGGCACGGGACGGGGCCGGCUCGGCUCCCACGGCCAGCAGAGCCGACGCGCCUGCGCCCACUGCGGAAAGUCCCUGCACGGCGCCACCUGGUCCAUCAACCGGCAGCAGAGGAGGAGGACGGCGACGGUCGAGGAGCGGCGCCUGCGCUCGGCCCGGGCCUCCGUCAAGGGCUCCGCGCAGGCGAACUCGAGCAGCAGCAGCAGCAGCAGCAGCGGCAGCAGCGUCAGCAGCGGAAGCAGCGGCGGCGGCAGCGGCGGCGGGAAGCCGGCGGGCGCGGCGCAGAAGGUGACGAGCGUGACGAGCGAGGUGAGGCACGUGUGCGACGAGUGCGGCAAGCUCUUCUCGCACUACUUCAAGCUGAAGCGCCACGUGAAGACGCACACGGGCGAGAAGCCCUUCUCCUGCAAGGAGUGCGGCCGCGGCUUCACGCGGCGCGCCGUGCUGGAGACGCACGCCAAGAUGCACACGGGCGAGCGGCCGCACUCGUGCGCCGAGUGCGGCCGGGCGUUCCUGCACGCGUCGUCGCUGCGCGUGCACGCCAAGAAGCACUCGGGCGAGCGGCCCUUCUCGUGCGGCGAGUGCGGCAAGGGCUUCACGCAGCGCUGCAUCCUGGACGCGCACGCCAAGAUCCACACGGGCGAGAGGCCGCACGUGUGCGAGGUGUGCGGCCGCGGCUUCCUGCACGCCUCCUCGCUCAAGGCGCACGCGCAGAAGCACACGGGCGAGCGGCCGCACGCGUGCGCCGAGUGCGGCAAGGGCUUCGCGCAGCGCUCGCACCUCAAGAGGCACGCGCGAUCCCACUCGGGCGAGAGGCCGCACGUGUGCGACGAGUGCGGCAAGGCGUUCACGCGGCCCUCCAUCCUGGCGACGCACGCGCGGACCCACACGGGGGAGUGGCCGCACGCGUGCGACGAGUGCGGCAAGGGCUUCGCGCACCGCUACAACCUGGAGACGCACUACAGGACCCACACGGGCGAGAAGCCGCACGUGUGCAAGGAGUGCGGCAAGGGCUUCUCCUGGAUCAACAACCUCAAGAGGCAUUCCAAAACGCACUCCGUCGACUGGAGCAAUUGAGAGUCGGGACGGCUGGCCGGGUGGCCGCGGGGCGGAGAGGUGGUCGGGAGGUGGUGGUGGUGGUGGUGGUGUUUGCCAGGCGGUGGUGGUGGCCAGGUGGCGGCGGCGGCGGCGGCGGUGGUGGCGGCCGGGGCAAGGCUUUGUUGGAGAAGGAAUCCAAACGAAGGAAUUUGCGCGAGUCGCUUAAGUGACGGCGGUCACGCCGGCGACUUCCCGAUUUCCGGGUUUUCUGAAUGACAUCUGAAAGAUCCGCAAAUGAUUUUUAGUCCCUCCCCCCUCGUUUGCAAAAUGUUGUACGAACCGCCGAGACGGAGCCACCUCCUCGCGUCUGUCACGCUGAGAGACGCGCCGGAGCGCGCUGCGUCCCUAGCCGUGUUGGGACAAAAACAACUCCGGGCCGGUUUUCGACCUCCCCCCCCCCCCCCCCACCCGGGGUUUUCGUCGCGCCGCGGAGCCGAGCUCGUCGCUGGACCUGACGCCGCCGAGGUUGCGGCUGCCGCUGAGGUCGCCCUCCCGCAGGCGCUGCGGACGAGCGGCGCGUUGAGCGGACGCCACGGCGAACUUGGCCGCCGGCCACGGCGAACGUGGCGGCGGUGGAGAGAGAGCGCGGACGUGGCGCCCCCCACCCACCCCCCCGCGGUUUGCGACUCUGUGAAAAGCGCCUCGCGGGUAGGGAAAGAGGCGGCGCAAGCAGCAACAGCAGCAGCAGCAGCCCAUACAGCCGCAGAUUCUGCAGCAGCGGGGCCAACGUGCAGCAGUUGCGGACUGAGCAGCAGCUGAUAAUGAAUUUCUAGCAGUGGCAGCAGCAGAUGCUGCAGCAGCGCAAAACGAUUGGACGGCAACAGCUGCCGGGAGCGGAUCAUGCAGCCGCGGGGAAUACUGUGCAGCUGCAGUUCUGUGAUAGCAGCCGCUGCGGCAGCAGAAUGUGCGGACUUCGAGGGUCCGGUUUGCGUGAAGCCUCGCGUGGCAUCCGGACUCGCGUGUCGUGCCGCAGAGGGCGAGCGGGGAUCGUGACGGUGCCGGACGAGGGCCGAAAGGUCACGCGCGCCAUCAACCAAACGAACACCGGGGUCACGCUGGGCGUGUGACUCGCGCGUCCACGGCCCGCGGACAACCUUCGGCGCAAAUGCUGCCGGGUUUUUCCCGGAUUAUGAUUAUUAGCGAGAGCACUCCACCCACAGCAUUGGGGCCGCAUAGCAUGGCUGAGGUGGUAAAUUAAAAGAGAAAAGUGUUCACUGCAUUCUCCGGAUUGUACGAAGAUGCACUUUGUCCCUCCCCCUGUGUUUUAGACCUUUAACGUUGCCGGGAGGGUUGUCUUAUAAUCGGGUGCGAGUGUGCGGUGGAGUGGUGGCACAUUGGUUAGCUCGCCGCGCUACGAGGCCUGCGACCCAGAGUUCUAUUACCAAUAACAGUGACUGCGAAUACCUUGAACCCGGUCCUGGGUCUCUUCUCCCCCCCCCCGCGUCGAAUGAGUACCUGGUGCGGUGUGUGUAGUCAACCUCGGCGCUGGUGAGACAAAGGCAGCCGGGCGUGGUGUUAACCACACCAUCCCUCCUCGUGUGCUGCACUUACCAUAACAGGCGCUUGCUCGCACCGCUCGUCCUAACAGCCUGUUACAGGCAACGCGGGGGAAUGAGGCCAGGUCUGCGCAACUUUGUCGACACUGGGCACACGUUUGGGGUGUGCCUUGCUUUUCCGGAGGGUCUUCCGAUCCGGAUUGAGACGAGCGUUAGGCGGUCGAGUGAAUUGGAAAUGGCAAAGGUCAGCCCCGUGAUUGGUUUUGGCCUCUCGACGCUACGUGGAAGUUGAUCUGUGGCGUUUGCCAUCCUCUUGAAACUUGUAGCGGUGUAUAACAACCGACGAUAAUCUUGCACGAAUUUAACAUAAGAUUCGUGAAUUGCCUGACGGAUUGAUUGCAUGCAUCGUGAAGCAUAAGACUUAUUUUUGCCGAAUCCGUAUGACGUGAAUAUUUACAUGCGCGCACACACACACUCACACGGGUAUGAGCUCGGUUGUAAUAUCUGUUGGGAUCGGUUUUUGUUGUUUGAAUAGUUUUUGAGGAAGUGCUGAACUUGUGACGGAAGCUCGCUCCCGAGUGUGGGCAACAAACAAGUACCUCUUGAAGGUGACAUAGAUGAGAGUGUUAAUGCCUUUCUUGAAUUGAGCGAGGUUACUCUGCGAACUUCGGGAUGUUGGGGGGGGGGGAUUGAGGCGGCGAUGAUGACGAUGAGAGGAGGGAAUUCCCAAGUGGAGUAGUGCAAGGGAAGAAGCAUUCGAAGAAGUGUUUGUGACUUUGUAGUGUGGUGCGUGAGUGAAUUAUGGAGCGAGUGGGUGAGUGAGUGAGUGGGUGGGGAUGGGUUGGGUGAGUUUGUGAGUUGUUGUGACCGGCAGGUGCGGUCGUUGGACAAUGUGAUGGGUGAGAUGAAACAGUCUGGUGGUCCGGGUCCUCAACAUGGAUAGAGGAAUUAUUGGGUGAGGUUCACGGAAUUGGUGGCCCCCGGGUGUUGUUUUUCGAGAGAGGUGGAAUAAAGCAGAAGUUGGCCCUGGAAGAUGGCCUCAGAACUAAUUCUGAAUCCCCUUGAGACUCUGUGAGGCUUAAUUAUACUUAAUGAAAUUAAGUAUCAUUUAUUGCAAUACACACACUGGGACUCCAAACAAAGACAACAAACGGGACCGAAUUAUUAUUCUAGUGGGAGAAACCGCCAUUGCCAGUCUGUCCGACUCAGCUGACUGGUUUGUUACUUGAUGUAUCAGACCUCUCCUUAAGUUCGUGGGAGAAUCUUUAGCGGAUGUGCCGAGCAUUUGGCUGUGUGGUUCCUCCUAAGAGAAAGCUGACAUGUGUUACACAGCCAUCGGCAAUGCACCGUGUUUCGGUUGGGAUCGUAUCUCAUUAGCAGCGACGCCUUCAGAUGCUUUACAGGAAGGCGGAUGGAUGCAGCAAUACCACUUGUUAUUUGGUACAGCAUGCUGCCACAGAGAUUGGCAACGGACUUUUGGAACGGCCACACGGCUUGCAAAUUGACGGCUGGGUUCAUUGGGCGUUCGGCCACGUUUGUUCUCGGCCGAUGAGUUGCUUUGUUGCCGCUGUUCAGCGGUCUUGGUGGAUGACAGCCACCCAUGGUGUUUGUUCUGCUCCGCGUGGAUCACAGUGACACUGGUGAGAUGUUAAACAAUACGGGGUAGGGCAAGAGUCGGUGAAAACGUGGGAGAGAGAGAGGCUAACACGGGUACGGCCCCCAUCGCCCUUUGAGGCCAUUUGUCUAUGGGUGUUGGUGCAGUUGGGUUGGGCAAAUUGCGGGUAUAAGGUCAGGUGAUGGCCAGAGUACAGAACGUGCUACGACAUAGUAGCAAUGUCCUAAGUUCGGUUUAAGAUCCGAUUUUCUCUUAACUCAAAGUAAAUAGAGCAUUACGACGAUGAAACGUACGUUUGGUCUGGAGCACUCGUCACAAUAACGCAGCCUAAUGACAAUAACAACGCUAAAAUCAACAUUACUAACAAACCAGCUGGGAUUUACCGAGUGAUGACGUGCCGGCAAUGUUGCAAUUGGGACGUCGCGGUGGCCAUGUUGUUUGAGAGAAAGUCACCUUGGUCAUGACGCUUGAGGGUUGUCUUGAGAAGCGAUUGUCUGGUCCAGUGAGAGUGAUGGUGCAACCCCUAGCAACGUGGCCAUGACGCCUGAGGGUUGUCUUGACAAGCGAUUGUCUGGUCCGGUGGGAGUGAUGGUGCAGUCCCUAGCAACGUGGCCAUGACGCCUGAGGGUUGUCUUGACAGGCGAUUGUCUGGUCCAGUGGGAGUGAUUGUGCAACCCCUAGCAACGUGGCCAUGCCGCCUGAGGGUUGUCUUGACAAGCGAUUGUCUGGUCCAGUGGGAGUGAUGGUGCAACCCCUAGCAACGUGGCCAUGCCGCUUGAGGGUUGUCUUGACAGGCGAUUGUCUGGUCCAGUGGGAGUGAUGGUGCAACCCCUAGCAACGUGGCCAUGCCGCUUGAGGGCUGUCUUGACAGGCGAUUGUCUGGUCCAGUGGGAGUGAUGGUGCAGUCCCUAGCAACGUGGCCAUGACGCUUGAGGGUUGUCUUGAUAGGCGAUUGUCUGGUCCAGUGGGAGUGAUGGUGCAGUCCCUAGCAACGUGGCCAUGACGCCUGAGGGUUGUCUUGACAGGCGAUUGUCUGGUCCAGUGGGAGUGAUGGUGCAACCCCUAGCAACGUGGCCAUGCCGCGUGAGGGCUGUCUUGACCAGCGAUUGUGUGGUCCAGUGGGAGUGAUGGUGCAACCCCUAGCAACGUGACCAUGCCGCCUGAGGGUUGUCUUGACAGGCGAUUGUCUGGUCCAGUGGGAGUGAUGGUGCAGUCCCUAGCAACGUGGCCAUGCCACCUGAGGGCUGUCUUGACAGGCGAUUGUCUGGUCCAGUGGGAGUGAUUGUGCAACCCCUAGCAACGUGGCCAUGAUGCUUGGGGGUUGUCUUUACAGGUGAUUGUCUGGUCCAGUGGGAGUGAUGGUGCAGUCCCUAGCAACGUGGCCAUGCCGCCUGAGGGCUGUCUUGAGAAGCGAUUGUCUGGUCCAGUGGGAGUGAUUAUGCAGUCCCUAGCAACGUGGCCAUGACGCCUGAGGGUUGGCUUGAUAGGCGAUUGGCUGGUUCAGUGGGAGUGAUUGUGCAGUCCCUAGCAACGGCUCUUACGAGUGUAUGGCUGUCACGAUCUCAGUACGACACCCAUACUUUGACUUUGGAUACGUUUUUUUCUACUUGUGACAUGUUAUGAUCGCUCUAUAAUUUUAGACUGCCCGUCAGGGGUCGUGGGAGUGAUGACGUCACCCUGAACAACGGGCAGUCCGGGACUUGAGAGAAUUACGAGCUCACUGCGACUCGUCACGUAACUUUAAGGAGUCGCGAUCUCGCUACCGGACUCCUUUAACAUUACUUUGACUUACAAUCAGUUUUCUCCUAAGCAACGAAUCUUAUUUGAGUUGAGAGUGUUACGAUUUCACCACUACGUCAUAUGUAAAGUUCAAGUAAUAACAUUCUCACUACGACACACUCAUUUUACAUUACUUUGAUUUGCAAUCAGUUUUCUCUUAAGGAAUCUUACUUUCGUUAAGAGUUAACGAUCUCACUGCGACAUAUGUAAGUUUAAGGCGUUACAAUCUCACUACAGUGCCCAACUUUUACCUGACUUUGACUCGCGAUCAGUUUCCUCUUCAGCAAGGACUUUUACUUUUAGACAGAGUUAUGACCUAUAUAAGUUUAUGGAGUUAUGAUCACACUACAACGUCCCCGUUCCACAGUUCUUUGACUUACGGAUUCGCCUCCUCUUCCGUCAGUUUUCAUCGUACCAUCAUUUGUAGCCUGGCGGACUUAGCGCGAAUCUUAAGGGCGUUUGAUGUACUCUAGCCCCCAGAGGUAGGUUAACAGGUGGGGCGGCGAGAGUAAAUCUACAAUAUGGAAAGAAGAAAAAGCAAAGUAGAUUGGUCGUGGAGUGGAGGGCUGUGGACAGGCAUUGUUUGGGCAGCAGUAAUCUCAUUUAUAUUGAUUUAUUUUGUUCUCCUGCUUUUUACUGGGGUUGCCGGCUUC